AUGGCGCACGACGUCUUCCUCGGGGGAUUCCACGACCUAUCCUGGCCGCUCGAUCAUGCUGCAGCCGCCGGAGGAGAUGCUGUUGAGGCCGCCCUGAUGGAACAGCUUGCGAGCAGGCUCGGCGUCAGCGUACCGUCGCCGCCGUCAUCCCGGGAUGGCCCCUGCCGGAAGCGGAAGGCGUCGGGCGGCAAGUCCAAGGCCAAGGACGUGGUCACCACGGCUACACCCAAGUCCCGGGAGACAGAGACGAGAGCCAAGAAAUGCAAGCUCUCUACAGACGCCACGCAUGGCAAGGAGCAGAAACCGGCGGCGACCGGAGAGGGAUGGCAUGGCAAUGGCAAGGGGAAGGAGGUGGCGGCAGAGCCACCCAAGGACUAUAUCCACGUGCGCGCGCGCCGGGGCCAGGCUACCGACAGCCACAGCCUCGCCCAGCGGGUGAGGAGGGAAAAGAUCAGCGAGCGCAUGAAGCUGCUGCAAGACCUCGUGCCAGGCUGCAGCAAGAUUCCUCAUGAAGGUAACCGGAAGGCCGUGAUGCUUGAUGAGAUCAUAAACUACGUGCAGUCGCUGCAACGCCAAGUGGAGUUCUUGUCGAUGAAGCUGUUGACCGUCAACCCGCGCCUCGAACUCGACGUGGAUAGCUUCAUCCCCAAAGACGCCAACAAGCUGUGUGCGCCUGCGACGUCCUCCAUGGCACAGCCACUGGCACCAGUCUACGCACUUGAGGGCUCGAGCUCGGCGUUCUGCUACACCUCGUCUCCAGGCACCGCUGCGCAGAGUGUUGUGACAAAUGCCAUCACAGAUCGGUCACUUGAAGGACUUCAAAAUGCAAAUCCCCAGAUGGGGAGCUUGUGGGAAGAGGAUGAUCUCCAAAGUCUAGUCCUGAUGGGAUUCCGCGGCAAUACGUGA